AUGGGAAAGGCACCUUGCUGUGACAAAGCAAGUGUGAAGAAGGGGCCAUGGGAUCCUGAAGAAGAUGCUAAACUAAAAGAUUACAUUGAAAACCAUGGUACUGGUGGCAACUGGAUUGCUCUUCCUGGAAAGAUUGGAAUAAAGAGGUGUGGGAAAAGUUGUAGAUUAAGAUGGCUUAAUUACCUAAGACCCAACAUUAAGCACGGAGGAUUCUCUGAAGAAGAAGACAACAUCAUUUGCAGCCUUUAUAUUAGCAUUGGCAGCAGGUGGUCCAUAAUUGCUGCCCAACUGCCGGGAAGAACCGAUAAUGGCAUCAAGAACUACUGGAACACUAGGUUGAAAAAGAAAUUGCUUCGAAGGUGUAAACAAGCUCAACCGAAUUGGCUCUCCGUUCCGUGCACGAACCUGAAAGAAGAGAGCAGUAUAGAAACACCAAGCAAUUCUGCCAUUGAUGACAGGCUUCAUCUUCAUAUGCAACUCCAAAGCCUUGAAAACCCUAAUAUCUUUAAAGCUAAUAUGGAGACGUGGCCUUGCAAGUUACCCCCUAUUCAAGAAAAGAUGAUGAGAAACCUCCAAUUGUUAAAUGAAUCUUCAAAUUCUCUAAUGAUGCAACAUGUUUCACAUAAUACCCCUCAAAAUGCUGAGCUCUAUGGGACAUCAAAUAAUAGCCUUCAACAGGAAUAUUCACCUAGUACUAUGAUGGUCAAUGGAAUGGAUAAUUCCAUUAACGGAAUCGAUAUUCCUGGGUCAUCGACACAUGCAUCAGAACUUGGUGAUACAGAACAAAGAAGAAUGGAAUUACAGCAGUUUUGGGCAUUUCAAGCUGGAAUCGAUGAGUUUUUGAACGACAAUGGAGCUAAUCUUGUAUCUAUGAAUCAAGCACAUAUGAGAGAAUUUGAUUAUUUCAAGGUACAUGGAUGGUGCCAAUGACGACAUGACUUAAAAUGCAGUGUCCUCUUAAUUAACUCUAGGAAUUAAAUGGUAUCCUUGAUCACUGGUUUUCUUCUCUUCUAGGAGUAAUCAUGGAAUAAGUCAUUAUGUCUAAUAAUUCCAAUAUGGUGAAUCCCAUAUAGAAGUCGUUAAUGGGAAGUUGUUGGUCAGAUGAUCGAGCACGAAAC